CCUCACAUACCCCGCCCUCUAUUCUCACCCAACCAUCUCCUAAAACAUGUUCGACAGAAUCAAGCAGGGCGCACAGAAGGCGGGCAGACAAGCCACUCUACUCGCACAGCAGGGCUCUAGCAAGAUCGCUAGCGAGUCCGCGCAGUUCGUGCACGGCUUCAGUCUCCCCGGAGAGGCAGACAAGGCAGCCAAGACCCUUGCUAGUUUCCUUGCUAACCCAGAACAUCCCGAGUCCGCACUCAACUCUAUCCCCAAGGCCGUACUGCAGCGUGCGCGAGGUCUGGCCGUAUUCUCCGUCAUCAAGGCAGGCUUCGUGUUCUCCGGCAAGGCUGGCUCUGGCCUCGUAAUUGCGCGCCUCCCUGAUGGCUCCUGGUCGGCGCCCUCCUGCAUCGCCACCGGAGGCGUUGGUUGGGGCCUCCAGAUCGGUGCCGACCUGACCGAGUUCGUCAUCGUGCUGAACAGCGAGGACGCCGUCCGCGCGUUCUCGAUCGGCGGCAACGUCACGAUCGGGGGCAAUGUUAGUGCCUCUGCGGGACCCAUAGGCACCGGCGCGUCCGUCCAGGCAACGCUCGCGCACCCGGCCCCGAUGUUCUCGUACUCCAAGUCCAAGGGAUUGUUUGCUGGCCUAUCGCUGGAAGGCACUGCAUUGAUCGAGCGCAAGGAUGCGAACCGCGAGUUCUACGGUUCGCCAGUCUCCGCGUCCGACAUCUUGAGCGGGCGUGUGCCUCCGCCUGAGGUCGCAUCAAAGCUGUACGAAGUCAUUGAAGCGGCUGAGGGUGUCGACGAGAGCGGCCUUCCCGAGAACGCGUACGUCCCCACCGCAACAGGUGACCACAUGAACGUCCGGGAAGGCGGAACUGUCUUCGAUGCUGAAGGGCAUUAAGCACACGACCGAUGUUGAUGGAAAGGUUAUGUACUGAUACGACGUUCAUCAUGUGUUGGUUACUUUGUUUUACGAUGUCCGAGUUCACUGCUGUAUUGUAGGUGGCGUCUCGAUGCUUAAUGUUACGGUUUUUUCCUUCCACAUCUUUCAAUAUCCUCCAUAGCCAAAGAAUCCAUUACGCGAAUACCAGGAUGUAUAUCUACGACAUGUAACGAC